AUGCAGGAGACCGUCCAGCCCUGGAAGAGCGUCUGGCCCGCUCCCGCCGGCACCGCCGACCAGGCUGCCUCCAUCCCACAGGACCUGUCCAAGGAAGAGAUGACCAACCAGCGCUCCUUCGGUAGCCAUGCCUCCAACACCAAAGGACGCAUCGUUCACAUCAAGAAGACUGCUUUGCUGUCCGAGAUGUCUCAAGAAUGGCUCCAGCAACAGCAACAAGAGGCCGGCCGGAUGCAGGUCUCGUCGUCAAAUUCUACAGAGAGCUCGACUGGCUCAAUCAUGAACAGCUCGGACGUUUCCUACAAGAGGGACAAUGGAUUCUCUACUGAGAAAGAGCUCGUGCCGCUCCCAGAAAAGGAGGUCGUGCCGGUCCCAGAGAAGGAAGUCGCCCUCUCGUCGUUGCCAGAAACCUGCAGCUCCAGCGCCGACCCAUCUUCGGCCGCCCAGAAGGAGGUUGUUGAGCAGCCAGAAGCCCGUGCAUCGCGCUAUUGGAGCCGGAGCAGGAGAAGGUGCUUUAUACUGGCCGGGCUUUCCGUCCUGCUGCUUGCCCUCGCCCUCGGCUUAGGUCUGGGCCUGGGGCUCGCCGCCAAGAGGAGGCGAUCAGGGGCUCCAGAGCCCAGAUUGCAUGCCCUAUCAAGGGUAUCGGCGACUAAUUGGACCGACCCUGGGGGCUUCGACCACCAGGCGGUCUUCUACCAGGGCCCCUCCAAGGCGAUCCUGCUCUCGCUCUGGGACUCGCAGAACGAGACCUGGUCCGCGGCCGUCAACGUGAGCCGCAUUGCCGCCAACAUGUCGGGCAACCCGGCCAUCGCCAUCGACAUCCUGCCCGGCACCGCCUUGGCCGCCGCCUCGUUGUCCCUGGGCGACUACUUUGAGCUCAACAUCUACUACCAGUCCUCGCAGAUGUUCCUCUACGAGCUCUACACGCACGACCCACUCGGCGGCGCCUGGACCCUGGGCUCGCCGACGUGGGCCGUGCCGACGCUCAACGGUUCCGGGCUGGCGGCGUACCACAAGCCGUGCGGGCCGCCUGUCCCGGGCGUCUGCACGGUCGACAACACGACCAUGUAUGUGGUGUAUCAGGACGACGACCCCAAGCGCAAGUCGAGCUCCGAGCACCCAGUCCGCAUGCUCAACCGGACCGGGUACAGCUGGCACCGCGGUUUCGAGAUUGUGCUGCCCGGUGAGCCCGUGGGCGGCACGGACGUGGCGGCCGUGCCGGUGGCGACCAGCAAGAACGGAUCUGCGGGGCUCGCGUUCAUGUUUGACAGCGCGCAGGAUUCGGUGAGGCUUUUACAGGCACAGGGGCUGGGGAAGAAUUGGACCCAAGACACUAUUGUCAAUGACGUUCCGACGGACCCGCCGCCGCGGAUUGCAGCCAUGUCUUAUGGCGAGUUUGCCUUCACCGAGACGCUCGUGGGCGUGUUGGACAAGGCCGGGGCGAUUGCGACAUAUGUGUCCGGCAAGAAGCAGGACCUCGACCUCGGUGCAUUGGCGAACCAGAAGUUCUCUGCUCUGUCGCUAGGCCUCAACAUGAGGGCGUUUGGCAUCGUUGACGACAACAUUGCCGAGUUUAGCUUUACGAGUCGGAACCCGACCGCCUGGUCGCUUGUUGGAAAUGUGCUACCUGGAUGA